AUGGGCUCCCAGGUGCUGCAGCUGCUUCGGCAGGGCGUGUGGGCCGCGCUCACCGGCGGCUGGUACCACGACCCGGAGCAGAGCAAGUUCACCAACAGCUGCCACCUCUACCUGUGGCUGUUCCUGCUGCUGCUGCCCCUGGCCCUGCACCUGGCUUUUCCUCCAAAUGCCAUCACUAUAUUUUUUUACUGCAGUUCAGUGACUGUAUUCUUCACAAUAAUUAAGUUGAUCAGUUAUCGCCUACACCUCAUGUUUGAUAAAGGAGAAAUAAUUCAGCAAAGGCCCCCCAGAAAGAAAGAAAAACCGAAUAAAGACAAGGAGGCCAACAGUGAACAUAUCAUUAAUCACAAAAAUCCAAGCAAUAACGGGAGGAUUACCAAUGGCAAAAAGGAGGAGCCCAGUCGAAACCUGUCUACAUCUCCCCACCACUGCAGCUCCAGAGGGCAAAGCAUAAACUCUCACCACUCUUCUGGGCUACUGGAGUUGCCAGCACAGGAAACUGUGGAAGAUCUCAAAGAUGUGGUCCUGUCAGAAGACCAACCUGUGGCACCAGUGUCAUCUACCUCACCUGGUAUCAAAACAGAAAGCUUACCUGCUUCCAAAGCAUAUGUGCCGGAUACCACAACCACAUCGGCAAUACCUGUGACACCAGUUGUAACAGAAACUCUAAUCAAAGGCAAGGCAAGAGGAGGCAAGGGGAAACCUCCUCUUCGCCACAGAUCUGAGGGCGGCUUAGUGGAUAAAGAUGUCUUAAAGAAGUUGCCACACCUGUCUUUGUCUCAGUAUGACAUACUAGAAACAGAUGUUUCUUUCCAGCCUUGGGGGAGUGAGAAUUCAGUCCUGAUUCCAGAAUCUGUGAAUUAUGCCCAGGCCUCCAUAAGGGAACAGAUGCAAAGCAAGUCACCCCAGGGCAGCUUGAGCAGUAGCUGCCCUCAGUGUGACACCGUUAUCACCAAAUCGACACAGGAGCUGGUAGAUGGCUCCAGGCAGGUGGACCCUCCCUCGAACCAGAAAGUAGACUAUUCAGAUAGUGAAGUAGCUGUUACUCUUAUUGAUACCUCUCAACCCGGAGACCCUCUGAGUCUGCAUGAACCUAUUAAAAUUGUCAUCACCAUGAGCAGUAGCCCAAACUCUAUGACAGACUUGGAAAGUUCUCUCCACCUGAAAGUGAUUGGCACUGAAAGAACUGGUUUAAAGUCUGAUGUGGAGCUAACUACCCCAGGGGUGGUCAGUUCUCCAAGCACUGAACAGAUAAGAAUUCCUGUCAUCACCCUUGAGCUAUCUGAGGAUGGGGGAGGAGACAUUAUUUGUCCAGAAGGCAAUAGAAGUGAAAGGACUCCAGAGAGGUUGAUGGUGGAGGCAUCCUCCAAUCCGUGUUCUGGCUAUGAAUCUGCAGAGGGAGGAAAUGCCACGAAGGAUGUUAGCCUUUCCCCGAGAGACCACUGUGAAACAACUCCGCCUCUCACACCUAAUGUGGUCUCUGAGCCUGAGGAAGGAAAGGAAGGCCAGGCUAACCUUGACCCAUCAUGUUGCAAAACCAGCCAUGAAAAGAGACACACCAGGGUCCUCAGUGUAGACAGUGGGACAGAUGUCUUGAGUAAGAGCUCCACAGAAAUGAUUAAUGAUAAAGAAAAAACAAUGCCAACUUCCAAAUCUGACCUAGAGGCUAAAGAAGGACAAAUACCAAAUGAAUCCAACUUCUUGGAAUUUGUCUCCCUGUUAGAAUCAAUUAAUACUUCCAAGGUGGUGGCCACCAACCAAAAGAAUGGCUUGGCAGAGCAGAACAAAGAAACUGAGCAUCUCCGAGAUAACUGCUCCCAGGAGAAAAAGGAGGACAUCCUAGAAAGCGAAAAGCCUGCUAGGUGCAAUUCCAAGCCAGGAAAACCAGAGAUGCCAAAUCAAGACCCAGUUAGCACCAGCCCUGCGCUCACUGAACCUGCCAAGAUCACCACCCUUUUCCAGGGCAAUAGACAAAGACAAAUAAUCUACAGGGUAACUUCCCAACAAGAUAGUUCUGUCUUGCAAGUCAUCAGUGGGCCUGAAACAUCCGUGCAAGAUGAGAUAUCUAUGGAUGCUAUGCAUGUCUUCAUUGAUGAGCACGGAGAAAUUAGAUCUUGUUAUUUAAAGUCUGGAAAUCAGAAAGAAGGCCCUUUACAGCAGCAGCCAUCAAAUCACGAUGUAGUCUCUCGUGCUCGAGAGAUACAGGUCAGUUCCUCCAGUACCACGACUUCUGAGAGUCAAGAUCCUUCUUCUGGGGACCCCGCAGUCAGCGCCCUCCAACAACAGCUAUUACUAAUGGUAGCUCGGAGGACCCAGUCAGAAACCCCUCGGCAUCUAAGUCAAGAUCUGGAAGACUCAUCAUGUUCUUCAACACAAGGAAAAUUUAACCGAGAGCAGUUUUACAAAUUUAUCAUUUUUCCUGGCAAGUGGAUUAAAGUCUGGUAUGAUCGACUUACCUUGUUGGCGUUACUUGAUCGAACUGAAGAUGUCAAGGAAAACGUGCUGGCGGUUUUGCUCAUUGUCCUGGUUUCCCUGCUUGGAUUUCUGACAUUGAACCGAGGUUUUUGCAAAGAUAUGCGGGUACUGCUCUUCUGCCUAGUCAUGGCCAGCUGCCAGUAUUCCCUUUUAAAGAGUGUCCAGCCGGACCCUGCCUCACCAGUACAUGGACACAACCAAAUGAUAACAUACAGCAGACCAGUCUAUUUUUGUGUGCUGUGUGGCCUUAUUUUGCUUCUCGAUGCAGGGGCCAAAGCCAGGUACCCUCCCACUUACGUUGUCUAUGGCCUGAAGCUCUUCUCUCCCGGGUCCCUCCAAUCAGCUAGGGACCUCUUAAUAGUAUUUUUAUAUUGCUUCCCUGCAAUUUCCCUCCUUGGACUCUUCCCACAGAUCAACACUUUUUGCAUUUAUCUUUUGGAACAAAUUGACAUGCUGUUUUUUGGAGGUUCUGCUGUUUCUGGGUUGACAUCAGCCGUCUACAGUGUGGCCCGGAGUGCUGCAGCAGCUGCCUUGCUCCAUGUGUUCUGCUUCAGUGCGGUGAAGGAGCCAUGGAGCACACAGCACAUCCCAGCCCUGUUUUCAGCCUUCUGUGGCCUCCUGGUUGCACUUUCCUACCACCUGAGCAGGCAGAGCAGCGAUCCCUCUGUGCUCCUGUCCUUUGUUCACUGCAGAUUGAUUCCUAAAUGUUUACAUCAAAAUCUGGAAGAGCUGGCUGCAGACCCUCUCCCCACGAAGAUGAAGGAUUCAGUGAAGGAGAUCUUAAAAUCGGAUGUCAUCAUCUGCUCGGUGGCUGCUGUUUUAUCGUUUGCAGUCAGUGCCAGCACUGUGUUCCUGUCUCUGCGACCAUUUCUCAGCAUCGUGCUGUUUGCCCUGGCCGGCACUGUGGGCUUUGUAACCCAUUACCUGCUCCCUCAGCUCCGCAAGCACCAUCCGUGGAUGUGGAUUUCACACCCUGUUCUUAAAAACAAAGAGUAUCAGCAGCGGGAAGUGAGAGAUGUCGCCCAUUUAAUGUGGUUUGAAAGACUCUACGUUUGGCUUCAGUGUUUUGAAAAAUAUCUCUUGUACCCAGCAAUAAUUUUGAAUGCCCUCACUAUUGAUGCAUUUUCAAUAAGCAAUUACCGGAGACUUGGUACCCACUGGGAUAUCUUUCUGAUGAUCAUCGCUGGCAUGAAGCUGCUGCGGACCUCGUUCUGUAACCCAGUUCACCAGUACAUUCACCUGAGCUUCACCGUGAUCUUUUUCCACUUUGACUAUAAAGAUGCUUCGGAGAGUUUCUUACUGGAUUUCUUCAUGGUGUCCAUUUUAUUCAGCAAGCUCGGGGACCUGCUUCACAAAUUACAGUUCGUCAUGACAUAUGUGGCUCCUUGGCAGAUGGCUUGGGGAUCUUCAUUUCACGUGUUUGCUCAGCUCUUUGCAAUCCCUCAUUCUGCCAUGCUUUUCUUCCAGACGAUCGCCACAUCUGUCUUUUCAACCCCAUUGAGUCCGUUUCUCGGCAGCGUCAUUUUCAUCACCUCUUACGUCAGGCCAGUGAAAUUCUGGGAGAAAAACUACAACACAAGGCGUGUGGAUAAUUCCAACACAAGGCUGGUGGUCCAAAUUGAAAAGGAUCCAGGGAAUGAUGACAACAAUCUCAAUUCCAUCUUUUAUGAGCACCUGACCCGGGCCCUCCAGGAGUCUCUCUGUGGAGACUUGGUCCUUGGUCGAUGGGGGAACUACAGCUCCGGCGAUUGCUUUAUUUUGGCUUCAGAUUAUCUCAAUGCUUUCGUUCAUCUAAUUGAAAUCGGCAAUGGUCUUGUUACCUUUCAACUUCGGGGACUGGAAUUCCGAGGAACUUACUGCCAGCAGAGAGAGGUGGAAGCCAUCAUGGAAGGUGACGAGGAUGACAGAGGCUGCUGCUGCUGCAAACCAGGUCAUUUGCCUCACCUGCUGUCCUGCAAUGCUGCCUUCAACCUCCGCUGGCUCACCUGGGAGAUCACGCAGACGCAGUACAUCCUGGAAGGCUACAGCAUCAUGGACAACAACGCAGCCACCAUGCUGCAGGUGUUUGACCUCCGUAGGAUCCUCAUUCGUUACUACAUCAAGAGUAUAAUAUACUACAUGGUCACGUCUCCCAAACUCCUCUCCUGGAUCAAGGAUGAAUCACUUCUGAAGUCCCUGCAGCCUUUUGCCAAAUGGCAUUACAUUGAGCGUGACCUCGCAAUGUUCAACAUUAACAUCGAUGACGACUACGUUCCGUGUCUCCAGGGCAUCACGCGGGCAAGCUACUGUAAUGUUUAUCUGGAAUGGAUCCAAUACUGCGCGCGGAAGAGGCAAGAGCCUUCAAAGAACCUGGACAGUGACGAGGACUCUGCUUUGGUGACUCUGUCCUUUGCCCUGUGCAUCCUGGGGAGGAGAGCGCUGGGGACAGCAGCUCACAAUAUGGCCAUCAGUCUGGAUUCCUUCCUGUAUGGUCUCCACACGCUCUUCAAAGGAGACUUUCGAAUCACAGCACGAGACGAGUGGGUCUUUGCAGACAUGGACCUGCUGCAUAAGGUGGUCGCUCCAGCUAUCAGAAUGUCACUGAAGCUUCACCAGGACCAGUUCACUUGCCCAGAUGAGUAUGAAGACCCUGUGGUCCUCUAUGAAGCCAUCCAGUCCUUUGAGAAGAAGGUGGUGAUCUGCCAUGAGGGUGACCCAGCCUGGAGGGGUGCAGUGCUCUCCAACAAGGAAGAGUUGCUCACCCUGCGGCACGUGGUAGACGAGGGCACUGAUGAGUACAAGGUCAUCAUGCUCCACAGAAGCUUCCUGAGCUUCAAGGUGAUCAAGGUUAACAAAGAAUGUGUCCGAGGACUUUGGGCUGGACAGCAGCAAGAGCUCAUCUUCCUCCGGAACCGCAACCCGGAGCGCGGCAGCAUCCAGAACAAUAAGCAGGUCCUCCGAAACUUGAUUAAUUCUUCCUGUGAUCAGCCCCUGGGGUACCCCAUGUAUGUCUCCCCGCUAACCACAUCCUAUCUAGGGACCCACAGGCAACUGAAGAAUGUCUGGAGCGGCCCCCUCACUUUGGACUGCAUCAGCACGUGGCUCCGAACCAAGCUGUUAAGAAUGCGGAAGGACUGUGAUGCUGGCCAGCAGAACAGUGGCAACAUUGAAGAUGUGGAUGGAGGAGAGGCUCCAUCCACAGGGGGGAGCAACGCCCCAAGUGGGGAGAGUCAGGAGAGCAGCACAGAACAGCCCAGAAAAGAGGGAAACCACCACUGGUCACCUCGUGAAGGGACACGGAGGACAGGCAGGAGAAAAGGCAGGAGUCAAUCUGUCCAGGCACAUGGGACAUUAAGCCAAAGGCCGCCCAUCCUGAGCUCAUCGGGCCCCAUCCUAGAGAGCCACCAGGCCUUCCUCCAGACAUCCACAUCGGUCCACGACAUAGCCCAGCGGCUCUCGGGCAGCCGGCCCUCCUUCCACACCUCCACCACGUCCCUGCACUCUCAGCCCCCGCCGGUCACCACCACGGGCCACCUGAGCGUGCGGGAGCGGGCUGAGGCACUGAUCAGGUCCAGCCUGGGCUCGUCCACCAGCUCCACUCUGAGCUUCCUCUUUGGCAAGAGGAGCUUCUCAAGCGCGCUUGUCAUUUCUGGCCUCUCUGCUGCAGAGGGGGGCAACACCAGUGACACCCAGUCAUCCAGCAGUGUCAACAUCGUGAUGGGCCCCUCGGCCAGGGCCUCCAGCCAGGCCACACGGCACUUCUCUGAUCCAUGUGAACCCACGGAGACCACCGAGCAGGGGCAGCUACGCGACCGCCGUCUGGCUGAGGCCGUGGUAGGGAAUGUGGGGGUGAUCUGCAGAAGAGCAAGCCAGGAGGACAUGGGCCUGGACGACACCGCCUCCCAGCAAAGUGCCUCCGAUGAGCAAUAAGGGACCUCGGGCUGGGAAGGAGCGCCAUGCAAUUAGGGCAGAAAUGGAAUCUUCAGAUUUUACCUCUUUCUCCCUUGCGCGCUCCCAAAGCAAAAGGAACAGAUUCUGUGUCCCAUGUGAGACUAUUCCCUUGGACAAACAAGAACUGUUGUAGAAAUCAAAAUAACUUUAUCUCAGGUCCUUGAAAACAAUCUCAUAUGAUAAAAGAAAAUAUGGACACCAGGCCUUCUCGUCCCCAGCGGGGCUCGGGGCUCACUGCCCCAGAGCUGCAGGACAUAGGAGGAACAGAACACUUCAGCAUCUGAAAAUGCAAACAGAAGCCAUGUCAUAGCUUAAGGCACGUAGAGUAAGUAGCGCAUAUAAGUCUUCGCUGCCCUGAUGAAAAUAAGACAACUGCAUGUUAACUAAUGGCCGUUUGCUAUAUCACCGUUACCAUGAAAAAGAAAUGAGCAACGACAUGUGUCAUGCCAUCCAUGCGCCAAGGUUCAGUCUUUGUGUAGCGAAAAUCUCUCUUCUUUCUAAUAUUUAUGCAGAUGUUAAAGUAAAACCAGUUAACAGCUUUUCUGAAAGAAAUGUGAUAGUGCAUGCAGUCACAUCUACAGUAUUCUGUGAAAGAGCCCAGCACUACCUUACAAUGCGUUGAGAAAUCCGGUCAAGGCAAGCGUGGAGAGCCAGGCCGGAGUCUCGUGAUGCACAGCUGUAGUCAAAGCUUUUCCUCUGCGCUGGCCUCCCUCGCCCGCGCUCCUGUGCGCUGCUUCUCCAAGCAAUCCCUACUGUAUCGCUUGCACAUGCCUUUGUUUUUGGAAUUAAAAUGUUUAUAUUUAU